UUUCCUUUUCCAUUUCCAUCUUCUUUCUAUAUCUCCUUGCGACACUCACUCUGGUCUUCAACUCAAUAAUCAACACCCUACGAACAACAACAACAAACAACCAAAUCAUCAAAAUGCAGUUCACCAUCUUCACCACCCUCGCCAUCCUCUCCGGCGCCUUCGCCCUCCCCACCCUCUCCACUCGCGAGAUCAAAGCCUCCCAAGAACUCUUCACCUUCGCCCUCACCAACGAUCUUAGCGGCUCGUCUGCGGCAACAUCCAUCCCCAUCAACGUGGACCCGGUUACCCUUGGCUCGCUGUUCUUCGACCCCUCUGGCCGCGUUUUCGCGACCUCAGCGCAGAACCUCAACCCCUCCGGCGAAGGCGUUGCCUGCUUCAUCGUCAACCCCGCCAGCCCAGACGCGGUGAUCCGAUUCAACGACAAGAUGACGUUUGUGGAUCUCGACAACAACAAGGACGUGGCUAUCCAGACGGACGUGACGGACUUCACUAUCCAGUGCGUUUUGUAAACACUGCAUGGGGAGAGGGGAGGAUGAGC